AUGCAGUUCACUACUUUGUUCUUCACCCUCAUGGCCAGCACUAUGGUCAUGGCCCUUCCUACCGAGGAAGUUGGUACUGGUACUGCAAGUGCCCAAGUCGAGUGCCCAAGUGGCUGGGUUCAGUGUGGAGAGUGCAAUGGAACCUCUUGCAAAGUUGCAGGAACUGACCGGAAAUGUGAAACUGGAAGUUGCACCAAGCAGAGCGGAGCAGGAGAUGGAACUAUCUGCGGCUCAUCCAACCCUUUCGACAUUUCCAUGCACUGCCCUGGAAAGGCCUGA